AUGUCAUGGGACUCCAUAGAGUCGCGCGACUUCCUAGGCGGGGUGCCGGCUCACCAGCUGUCGGCGACACGUCUGCUGAGCUCACCUGAUCCAUCCAGACACCAUCUCGAUGAGCCUCAAGAAGUAUACCCUUUCUCCGAGGACUUCCGCAGCGGUGCGGCCGGCGGCGCCGGGUCCGCUCGUAACGGCACGUUGCGGUGGGGCUCCCGGUUCGGACCGGCGCACCGGCCGCCGGCUGCCGGACUACUCGACUGCUUCAGAGCUUGCAGGUCUAGACUGGACCAGUAUUUGGCGAGGAGGAAGAUCGAGCGUGGAGUCCGUCUAUACGGGCAGAACGAGCAGAGGCUAGCAGUGAAGGUCUGGCUCUCCGCCCUCCGAGGAGUGAGGCAUCGGAGUGACAAGUUCGCAUUGUUGGGACAUCUGUACCAGGCCUACAUGGACUUUGGGAAGUACAGAGAAUCACUGGAGUUCGCAAACCGUCAACUUGGUAUAUCUGAAGAGUUGGACUCCGCUCCGAUGAGGGCUGAGGCCUAUCUGAACCUGGCCAGAGCUCACCAGACCCUGGGUGGACUUGACAGAGCCCUCUCCUACGCUCGCCAGGCUCUGUACAACGACUGCGGCGGCGGUUCUACAGCUGGCUGUGUGCAUCUCACUGUAGCGGCCGUUAGUCUGGAACUGGGGGCAUUCUCUAAAGCUAUGGACGCCUUCCAGAAAGCUCUGGCUGUGGCCCAGGCGCAGAAUGAUAAUACACUGUUACUUCAGGUAUACGUAGGUCUAUCAGAGCUCUGGCGUCGUCUCCGCGACGCCGAGCGUGCAGUAGCGUGCGCGGCGCGCGCGUGCGACCUCGGCCGCGGUCCGCGCGCUACUGACCUAAACACGCGACACCAUCGCACUGCGUUAUUGCAAAUGGCCGCCGCGCUCAGAGCUAGGGGGGAGCUGGGAGAUGCGCAUGAUUAUUGUAAUGAGGCAUUACGACUAGCAGCAGUGGCAGGAGAUCAAGGAUGCUAUGCGCGCGCUGUACGCAUCGCAGGCGAUGUCUACCGGAGGAAAUGUGACAUCGGUAAAGCAUUGAGACACUACGAAGUAGCAAUGGGUGCUGGCCAGGCACUGGGCGACCGGCUCGCUCAGAUGGAGGCAAUGGACGGCGCGGCGCGAUGUCUAGAGGCGCUGAGACUACAGGGCCGGAUCUGUAACUGUAGACCGCUGGAGUUUAAUACUAGACUGCUUGAAGUUGCUACUUCGGUUGGGGCUAAGAUGCUAGUCCGUCGCGUCCGCCUCCGUCUAGCGGAGAUAUACACGGGACUGGGCGACAACGAGGCGGCCGCCAGGCAACGUCGCGCUGCCGCAGCCUGGGCCGCGCCCGCCUGCGCUCGGUGUCGGGAGCCCUUGGCGGAGCGAGCUGAGCCACUAGCGUCACUGCCUUGCGCCCAUAUCGUGCAUCAUGCUUGCAUGCCAGAGUCGUGGUCCCGUCGCUCGACCCGCAGUCAGUCGGGUGCGGGCGUGGAGUGCGCGGAGUGCGCGUCCCCCCGCGCCCCUCGCGCUCCACCCCCUGCUCCCCCCGCGCCGCGGACACUGCCUACCCAGGACUUCCCGUUCGGUACACCGCCAACGCUCCGCGAAUCAGACCUGAACUCCAUCAUAUCUGACCAUAGCAGUCAACAGGCCACUUCCAGCGUUUAA